AUGUGUUCCGCCGACUUCUUCCUUGCGUUUCUCGCCAUCCUCUUCCCCCCACUGCCCGUCUGGGUCAAGUGUGGUAUCUGCAGCGCCGACUCCCUUAUCAAUCUCCUUCUUUGCUGUCUUGCUUUCAUCCCUGGCCUCCUGCAUUCAUGGUACAUCAUCGCGAAGUAUCCCGAGCCGCCCUACGAGUACGAGGCUCUCCCCCAGGAUCGUGAGGGCAAUCGCGUCACCUACGUCUACGUCCAGUGCCCACCGGGUCCUCAUCAGCACGGCCAUCCUCAGAACCAGCAGCCUAAGGGCCAACCCAAGCCUCACCAUGGCGCUACCAACAACAAGAACAACAACAGCAACCUGAACUACGGUACUCAAAACGCUGGCAGCUCUGCUCAGCCUGCGCCUCAGCAGCAACAGGGCGUCACAAAUAACGGCGAAGGCAGCUCCGAUAGCCAGGGCGUGCCUCCCUCGUACGCCGACGUUGUCGCCGGAGACCACAAGAUCCAGUCCAAGGAUUAA